AUGACUCAUUCGUUCCGUCAGCAGUUCUUCUAUUACAAAGGUAUGAUGAACGAUUCACAACCAUCAGGUGCUUACAUUUUCCGCCCUAAUGGAACUCCUAUUGAAGUGGGAAAAGCUCAACUAGAAGUGCUAAAGGUUGGCAUCUAUCACACGAACAUGAGGUCACUGCAGGAAUUAGUACGGAAUUGA